AUGGCUCCAGAAACACAGAUAUACGAUCCGGAUGGGGACGUCACCCUCGUUUUCGACAAAGAGCCUCACGAUAUUUUGGCCGGUCCGAAAAGAAAGUUCGACUCCAACUUUGUCAGUACUGACGCUGGGGAGGUUAGUACAGAGAAAGAGGAAAGACAGGAAAGAGAGGAAAUCCGCAUGCUGGUAUCCUCCAAACAUCUUGCUCUCUCUUCGCCGGUUUUUCGUGCUCUUUUGACCGGCGGUCUUAAGGAAGGAGAAGUCCUUAGAUCGGAGGGGUUCGUCACAUUCCCUUUACCGGAGGAUGAUGUCCAUGCAUUCUCCCUGAUCAUGAACAUCAUCCAUGCUCGGAAUAAUUCGCUUCCCAAUGAGGUAUCUUUAUCGACUCUGACCAGUGUUGCGAUACUCGUCGAUAAAUAUAGAUUCUACGAGUCAGUUACUCCAUGGGCCAGACUUUGGAUCACUAAAUACGAUUUGAAACGUCCAGCAACUGUCUGUAAAGAAUUGACAGGCUGGCUUUGCAUAUCUUGGGUCUUUGGAUUACCGGACGAAUUUGCACGAGCAACCGCAACUGCGGCACUGCAUAUUACGUCAACUGGGAUUUAUGGAACCCCUCGUGGGAAAGAGUUAUCAGAAGCCCUACCCAUUCCUGCAUCAAUAAACACUAAACUAGAGGAAACUCGUCAAAAUGCCAUUAAAUACGUCAUGGUGAACUUAAAUUCUAUUCAGAAAAGGCUUGCUACUGACACCACCUUGUGUACUAUUGGUGAAUCCAAUUGCGUAGCUCUGAUGCUUGGAACAAUGGAGAGAAGUGCUACAGUGCGCGGGUUGUGGCCGUUCAGCGAAAGUUACAUACACUCUUUUAACACUUUAGCACACCAAGUCCGCAUGCUAGAUAUUCGUUCACUCUGUGGAUUGCAAUCAAAACAAGAGCCUAGUCCUGAUACGAGCGCAGCAGCAAGCAACGGAAGUUUUGGCGGCAGCAGCUCCUUCUAUCAGACGAAUUCCCAGAACCCCCGCUUCCCUCUGAGCAGCUCCUCCUCUCAGAGCAGCCCCUUCUUGUUCUCUCAAAGCAACUCCUCCUCUCAGAGCAGCCCCUUUUCUUUCUCUCAGAACUCCUCCUCCUCUCAGAGCACCCUCUUCUCUCAGAAUCAACCCCCGCAAGGGCGGUUCGGGACGCCCCAGAGACCACAAGCGCCAGCAUCAAAGGGCCAUGAUAUAGCAGGGACAGUUGCGGAGAUGAUUGCAGAUGUGGAAAGGUGGCCUGUGUUUGCUAAAGGUUUAGAUCUCAAAGAUUUCGCAGUCCAGCAGUAA